CCCGACGUUACGGAUACGCAGCGGAGGGUGAGCGGACGGUCGGAGGAUGCCGCUGGAUAAAUCCGCGCUAACCGCUUUCGUAAGCCAAACACUCUUCUGGGGUGAAGGACGUCUUCAACGACUGCUGAACCUCUUGGACCCUUUCUUGCACACAAUUUUCUCCUGGCCAGCAGAAUGCCUCCCACGGACUCAGAGGCUGCCGAGCCUCCUCCCGACCAAGAUGGAGGAGUGCAAGGCGACGAGACCAAAGAAGCUCCCCAACCGUUCAAACGCGGGUUUCGGUUCUGGUGCAUCAUCUUUUCCCUUUGCACGACCGGCAUCCUCUCUGCUCUUGAAGGCACCGUCGUUUCGACCGCGUUACCCACCAUCAUAGACCACCUGGGCGGCGGAUCGCUGUAUCUCUGGGCCGUAAACGCCUACUUCCUGACCAGCACAGUCAUCCAACCCCUCUAUGGCCAAACCGCGAAUAUCUUCGGUCGUAGAUACCUGCUCAUCUUUGCAGUCGCCGUAUUUGCCUUGGGCAGCGGAAUCUGCGGAGGAGCAAGCAGCAUGGAGAUGCUGAUCGCAGGACGAGCAAUCCAGGGCAUGGGAGGAGGCGGUCUCACGAUGCUCCCCAACGUCAUCAUCAGCGACAUUGUCCCGCUUCGAGACAGGGGGACGUAUCUGGCCAUCAUAUUCCUCUCCAUCACAGUCGGGAAUGGCAUCGGACCGUUCUUGGGUGGUGUAAUCGUCCAGUCAACCUCUUGGAGAUGGGUAUUUUACCUCAACCUGCCCAUCUCCGGCGUCGUCCUGGUCCUCCUUUACUUCUUCCUCCACGUCAACUUCAAGCACGAACCCAUAGCUGCGAAGCUGCGGCGGAUCGACUAUGGCGGCAACGUCCUCUUCAUCGGAUCGACCGUCGCAAUCCUGCUCGCCCUGACAAGCGGCGGCGUGCAGAAUCCGUGGAACUCCUGGCGGACCAUCGUACCGCUUGUCAUCGGCGCCGUCGGACUCGUAGUCUUCUUCGUUUACCAACGAUACCCAGCGGAACCCACGAUGCCCCUGCGUCUCUUCACAAACCGGACUACUGUAACUGCCUUCUUCCUCACAUUCCUCCACUCCAUCCUGACCUUCUGGGUCAUCUACUUCCUCCCCGUAUACUUCCAGGGCGUCCUCGCCUCCUCCCCCUCCCGCUCCGGCGUGCAGCUGCUCCCAACCGUCCUCAUCCUCAUCCCCUUCGCCGCCGUCUCAGGCAAACUGCUGGGCAAACUGGGCAAGUACAAACCACUGCACUUCACCGGCUUCGCCAUCAUGACGAUCGGCUUCGGCCUCUUCACUCUCCUCCGCGCCUCCUCCUCAACAGCCGCAUGGGUCCUCUUCCAAGCCGUCGAAGCAGCAGGCGCAGGCGUCAUCGUCUCCGUCCUCCUCCCAGCCAUCCAAGCACCCCUCUCGCAAAAGGACGUCGCCACAGCUACCGGCACCUUCGCUUUCGUCCGCAGCUUCGGCAUCGUCUGGGCCGUCACUGUCCCAGCGACCAUCUUCAAUCAUCGCCUAGCCCAGCUUGCCAACGCACGCGUCUCCGAUCCGGAUGUGCGUGCUGCGCUCUCCGGCGGCGCCGGUUACGAACAUGCCACAAGGGCUUUCUUGGAUAGCUUGUCUGUGCCCGUACGCCGCGAGGUCGUGGGCGUAUACACGGAUACGCUGAAGCUCAUUUGGCAGGUGGGCAUCGGGAUUGCUGGGCUGGGGUUCUGCCUUGUUGCUGUUGAGAAGCAGAUUUCGCUGCAAAAGGAUCUGGAUACCGAGUUUGGUGUGAAGGACAAGGAGGCCAGCGAGAGUGCUCCAGGUGAGAAGGACGAGGAGAAGGCGCUUUGAAUGUAUAUCAUGUACUGUAUAGAAUAAAAAAUACUCUACUUAGCCUGGCAUAUUUGGAACCUCUUUAUUCCCC